CCGCGGCCGUGUCCUGCUGGAAAGUCGUACGAGCUCACGGGGGGCAGGCGGCGAAGGCGAGCUUUGGAUUGGGAAGGAUCACCACCCGUCUCUCUCUCUCUCUCUCUCUCUCUCUCCGGCAUUGCGAGGCGGCGGAGAGGGAGGUAGCUAGCGCCGUCGGCGGUGAUGGACCUGCGCGUGGCCGCCCCUGCCUCCGUGGGCGCGGCGGCGCGGUGCGGCGCGAGACUGGCGAGGCCGUGCCCGGUCCGGGCGCUGGGAGGAGGAGGAGGAGGAGGACGGAGGUCGCGGUUAUCCGUGCGGAUGUCCGUCGCGACCACCGAGGCCGCCUCCGCCGCCGUAGCCGUGGGCGCCUCGGAGGACGCGGCGUUGGAGGCCCGCGACGCGAAGACGGUGGUGGCGGUCAUCCUCGGCGGCGGCGCGGGGACGAGGCUGUUCCCGCUUACCAAGCGCAGGGCCAAACCCGCGGUGCCCAUCGGUGGAGCGUAUAGGCUGAUCGACGUGCCGAUGAGCAACUGCAUAAACAGCGGCAUCAACAAGGUGUACAUCCUCACCCAGUUCAACUCGGCGUCGCUCAACCGGCACCUCUCCCGGGCGUAUAAUUUCAGCAAUGGCGUCGCGUUUGGAGAUGGGUUCGUCGAGGUUCUAGCAGCAACUCAGACGCCUGGUUCGGAGGGCAAGAGGUGGUUUCAGGGUACAGCUGACGCUGUUCGGCAAUUUGAUUGGCUGUUUGACGAUGCCAAGGCUAAAGACAUCGAUGAUGUCCUGAUUCUUUCUGGUGAUCAUCUCUACCGUAUGGACUACAUGGACUUUGUUCAGAGUCAUCGGCAAAGAGGUGCGGACAUCAGCAUCUGUUGCUUGCCUAUUGACGACAGCCGGGCAUCUGAUUUUGGUUUAAUGAAGAUAGAUGACACAGGAAGAGUUAUUGCAUUCAGUGAAAAACCGAAAGGAGAUGAUUUGAAGGCAAUGCAAGUUGACACCACGGUGCUAGGCUUGCCACAAGAUGAAGCAGAAAAGAAGCCAUACAUAGCGUCAAUGGGGGUCUAUAUAUUUAAGAAAGAGAUACUUCUAAAUCUUUUGAGAUGGCGUUUUCCCACUGCAAAUGACUUUGGAUCUGAAAUCAUUCCUGCUUCAGCAAAAGAAAUCAACGUAAAGGCAUAUCUUUUCAAUGAUUACUGGGAAGACAUAGGCACUAUUAAAUCUUUCUUUGAAGCGAAUCUUGCCCUUGCUGAACAGCCUCCAAGGUUCAGCUUUUAUGAUGCUAAUAAACCCAUGUACACAUCACGGAGAAACUUACCACCAUCUAUGAUCAAUAAUAGUAAGAUCACUGAUUCAAUCAUUUCCCAUGGAUGUUUCUUGGAUAACUGCAGGAUAGAGCACAGUGUUGUUGGAAUCCGUUCUAGGAUAGGUUCCAAUGUGCACCUCAAGGAUACAGUAAUGCUCGGUGCUGAUUUCUAUGAAACUGAUCUGGAAAGAGGAGAACUGCUAGCUGAAGGAAAGGUUCCAAUUGGGAUCGGGGAGAAUACGAAGAUUCACAACUGCAUAAUAGACAAGAACGCGAGGAUAGGGAAGAAUGUGGCAAUUACCAACUCUGAGGGUGUACAGGAAGCAGACAGGACAUCGGAAGGCUUCUACAUCCGAUCAGGCAUCACGAUCGUACUAAAGAAUUCGAUAAUCGCAGAUGGAUUAGUCAUAUGAGGUGGAAUGAAGCCCUCCCAAUUCCACUAAUCAAACCAGAAAAAAAAAAGAAGCCCGAUCAUGACCAUUUCCAUCAGGAAUAGAAUAAACCGCCAGAGUUCUUUGUACUGUCACAAUAAGUUGGAUAGAAUCCAAGAGCUUCUGCUUGUCUGUACAACAUCAUUCUGUCUCGUCGAAUCUACCGUGUUGCUUUCACUUUUUUCACAACGAAACAUGCCCCAUGAAGCUCGAUU